CAUCACAAUGGUGGCAAUCGAGGUGCUUGAAAAGACGAAUUUGCAUGUUUUGGCCAGAAUUGUCCCCUCACUGACAGUCAAGCCGGUAAUCGUGCAUGCGGAAAUAAUGUUAUUCAGACAAAUUCCAUUUCCAGCAGAAGCUCCAACAACUUGUAGAGCAAGCAUGCUUGUUUUUGAAAUACCAAUUGUUUCUGCAGCUAUGACUUGGAUGGAUCCGAAUGUAAGGUUCGAAACCGUGGUCGAUCCAGAAAAGAAAGACCCUAGUGCCCCGAGAAGCGGCGAAAUAAUCACAAAACCCUGUUUAAACCAGGAAGCCAAGAUGGUACCAAGGAUAUAAGCUGGUGCUUCUGUUUGCGUCUUGAUCAAGAGUUGAACGAGUGCUAGUGCUCCGAGCAAGGCGAUGAAUGGGUUAACCAAUCGACUUGCGACAGUUCGAAAAACUCCCAACGGUUUUGUAUCUCCCAUACUCUUCCUAUGUAUGAUCAUGGUGGCAAUCGAAACUAUUACAAAGGGAAUAACAAACGGGGUGUAUAAAAGCUCGUAUUUCCAAUUCAGAUUUGGAUACGUAAGGAUAUUGUUGAGUUGCAGGACAAGACUUGCAGAAAGACGGAAGGUACCGUAAGUGUUGAGGUAGAUUUCAAAGUAUGGUUCCUUCAGAAUCAAAUACGGCUUGAUGUGAAAUUGAGGAAUCCGAGUCAGAACGAGAAGAAGAACAACUCCCCAAAUAGGAAAAGUUCUACUCAUCAAUUCCAUGAUGUAUGCUCUCCCGAAUGGUUUCCGAGGCCCAAGCACUCGAUCGAGAUAGUCCUCUAGAGUCGUAAGAGGUGUAGUCAGAGCGUUGAUUGCGGAUUCUCCAACGGGAUUCUGUCCUUCUCCUUCCCCAUCAGCAAUUUUUGAUCUAUUCAAAGACUGUUCGGUUGCGACCACGGGAAUCUUCUCUCUGCGACUUUCGUCAUUCACAGCCUCGUUAUCAUUCUCGGUUUCAGUACUACGUGUACUUGAUUGUUCCAAUUCUGCUCUGAAAUCGGAAACGAUCCCUCGAUCCGAAACGGUUCCAAUUUCAUUUGGAUUGUGAUUGGGAUGAUCCUCUGGAUUUAGAGGAACUAGUCCAACAUCGAAACCAAUCAAAAUAGUAGUUAAAAUACACCCCACCAUACCACCAAUCAAUGCUGGGAAUUCGUAAUUCACGAAGGCUAUUCCAGUGCUGGGACCAACGCAUACCAAAAGACCGAGUAAAAUGAAGGUAGCAUUCUUUUUCACCAGCACAAAUGGCACCAAGAAGGUUAGACACAAAGGUAAUAAAAUGAAGGAUCCAAUGGCCAAUGCGAUUCCAGAUUUGUAGGAUACUUCGAUGAACUCGUCUUCGGUGACCAAUCCAGCGAAGCCGAACCAAAUUGGGGUACCGACGGCUCCCCAUACAGUGGCAAACGUGUUAAAUAUAAGCAAUACUACAACGGACUCGAACUUGGGAUGGCCCGUUGAGAUCAACAUGGGUGCCCCCAGAGCGACCGGCGUUCCGAACCCAGAAGCACCCUAUCCAGUAGAAAAUUAUUUAUUUGCGGAACAGAACAAGUAGUUGGAGUUGGAUGAGGCACAAAAAUCUAGAAAUACUCAAUGCAGGAAAUGCGAAACAGAAUGGUAUAGGUAGUCGAAGGAAGCAACGUAUUACCUGCGUAUUCUUACCUCCACCAUAUAGGCGAACGAAAAAAUUCUGGCGAACAAAGCGCAAAAAAUGAGUUCUGUGUGGUUAGAAAAGAGGAUCAACAACCGAAAACAAGAAAUGUUGCAGAUUGCAACAAAACCGCAAGAAGGAGAUACUUCUUCAGCAAAAACUCUAAAAUGCUUCCCAAAAAUAUUAACUUUCGGGUAUUUUGUUGUAGAAGGGAGCAUUUAUUCUCGCAAUGUUCAUUUUUACCUACAGCAUGCACUCGGCAAUGGGAUGCCCGUUUGUCAAAGCCUUCAUCUCUCUCAUCAUAUAUGGCAUGCAGUUGGUCACCUCCAUGGUUUCAAAGAGCGUCAUCGCUCCAGCGAUGAUGGAAAUUGGGGAAAUCGCUUCGUACAACCCCAAAAUAAUCGACCCGCAGGUCAGAGUCACGUCGCUUCCAUAGUACAUCAAUCGGAUCAGGAACAUCAUCAGGGCCGCAAAUGGAAGGGACCGGGUGGUGGGCCAUGGAUUUUUCAUCACGGUUACAACAACCAGGACAAAAACGGGCAGCAGUCCCAAUGCGACGUCCAUCACUUCUCCCCACGGACCGCCAGUAUCUUCUGUUAGAAGGACGGCACAUCCGCAGGAUUCGCAGUCCUCCAAACCAACGCACUGCUCGGCGCAGGUUAUAUGAUCCUCAGAAGUACAUGAAUAUUCAAAUCCGAAACCGGGAAUGGAUGGCUGUGUUGUCGUGCUGGUUUCGGCCAUGGUGAUCGUAUGAUAAAUUAGUCGAGUCGCG